AUGGAGUUUCCAGUUGGAAUGAGGGUCCUUGCCGUGGAUGAAAACCCAAUCUGCCUUCGGAAACUCGAAAGCAUGCUGCUUCUCUGCAAGUAUCACGUGACAAAGACAACAGACUCUAAAGAAGCUCUGGAAAUGCUGAGAGAGAAGAACAACAUGUUUGAUCUGGUGAUAGCCGAUGCAGACUUGCCAGACACUGAUGGGUUUAGGUUGCUUGAAAUUGGUAUUGAAAUGGGUCUUCCUGUCAUCAUGUUGUCGCAGCCUAGCAGUAAGGAAAUCCUAAUGAAAGCUACUACACGUGGCGCGGUUGGUUAUCUGGCCAAGCCUGUAGGCCUCAGUGAGCUUCAGAAUAUAUUGCAACAUGUGGUGAAGAAGAAGAACAUUAACAAAGACGCUACAGCACAACAGCUCCCUCCUUGUGAAUCCCAUCCCGCCCCAAGCUACGUCAGGAAACGUUCACGUCGUGCGUUAUGGACAAUGGAACUCCACGAGAAGUUUGUCAAUGCUGUUGAGCAAUUGGGGCAUAGGGGUGUUCCAAAAAACAUACAGGCACUCAUGAAUGUAGAAGGUCUCACUAGGGAAAACGUAGCUUCCCAUUUGCAGAUAUACAGAUUGUGCAUGAGAAAGGUAGAGCAUCCGCAGAACCCAAUAAACUCACCAGAAGUCAACAAUGCUUAG